AUGUCGGGAGGGUUCACCGGCGCGGCGCUCGUCGCGCGCGUCGACGGAUUCGAGGGUGCCGCAGGCUUUGAAGCCGGGCCGACCGCGCUAAUCGCGCCAACGCUCCUCAGUGGCGCAGCCUGCGUGGCUUUCGGCUCAACCUUGUGGUUUGACCUCCGACUCCUGCGCGGCAAGGUCGGGUGCCGAACGAGCGCGUUUCUGUUUUACCUUCCGGCGAGGUACCUGGGUAUCCUCUCCAUCGUGCUCCUCAUGGUGUACAACGAUACACUUCUGGCCAUGGAACUCACGUCCGUUAGACGGGUUUGUUGGGCCCUCUCUAUGCUGUCUGCGAUAUUCUCCUCCGCUAUCAUGGUCGUCAAGUCCUCCUCUCUUGCACGACAUUCCUACUUCAUGCUGGCGCAAGAGUUACUCUGGCUUGGCUUCGCCAUUAUCCAGAUGAGACUUUUGGGAUAUACCCGCAAUCCUUCGAUGACGCCCCAUCAGCUAGGUUGGCAGUUCGCAGACGGUGCAAUAGCCGUGGUUCUCUCCACGUGUAAUUUCGCCGCCCCUCUCUACUCGGUCUUUUGGAAGACAAGGGACGAGCAUCAUUUCAAUAGGAAUGACUGCUGGAAGAUGGCCACGGACGCAUGCAUACUGGAGUUCGGAACCGUAUGGGUGUUGACGACGCUCACAUGCAUCCUAUUCUUUUUUGACCAAAAUAAGAAUGCCUGGCGGAGCUUCACCACCUCAUCCGUUAGCUAUAUAGUAAGCUUGGUCAUCUCGUGGCGGAUCUACCACAAGUUCAUGAUGCACACCCGACACUCCGCCUCCGACACUCAAUGUCCUUUCGCCGACAACUCCGUGCUGCUGCCCGUCGUCCGCGCCUCGUUCGCCUUCGUCUCCGCCAAGCUCAACUUGCCAGCGCGCUCCGCCGCCGCUUCGGGUGCCCUACGCGCCGUUUUCCCGAAGAUGACCCUGGGUUGCUGCCGCGGUCCCAGGAUCAGGUCGGUCGAAGAGGGUCGGGUGUCGAUCGUCACGACCUCGCGCCGGCCAGGCACCAGUCGCGGCGCGCGAACGCACCAGCGUGCGUGCCGGCCCGAGGACAAGUCGCACUCGACCUACGCGCAGACGAGCCUGUUCGACUCGCGCGCGGGGUAG